UCUUCCAGGGCCGGCCUGGCGGGAGCAGGGAGCCGGGAGCGCUGAGCCCGGAGCCCGCUGGAGAAGCAGAGUUCUAUCGCGGCGAGGAAGUAGGCACGCUGGAGCGGGAGCCGGGCCAAAAAGGGAGCAGCGGCGCAGGUGACGCUGGGUUGCCCCGGAGGCCCCUGGCCAGGCCUGAGCCUCUGCCACCAUGGCCAUUGUGCACACUCUGCCAGUGCCUCUGGAGCCCGCACGUGAGACGGCCACUGCCCCCAAAACUCCGGCAAUGGGCAGCGUGAGCAGUCUUAUCUCAGGCCGGCCCUGCCCUGGGGGACCUGCUCCUCAACGUCAUCAUGGUGUCCCUGGGCCCACCUUCUUCCGCCAGCAGGAUGGGCUGCUACGGGGUGGCUAUGAGGCACAGGAACCACUCUGCCCAGCUGUGCCACCGAGGAAGGCUGUCCCAGGCAACAGCUUUACCUAUGUCAAUGAGGACUUCCGGACAGAGUCACCUCCCAGCCCCAGCAGUGAUGUUGAAGAUCCCCGAGAACAUCAGGCACACAAUGGCCACCUCCGUGGUCCCCCACCAAAGCUCAUCCCCGUCUCUGGAAAGCUGGAGAAGAAUAUGGAGAAGGUCCUGAUCCGGCCAACAGCCUUCAAGCCAGUGCUACCCAAGCCUCGGGGGGCGCCAUCCCUACCCGGCUUCCUUGGUCCUCGAGCUGCUGGGCUAUCUGGGAGCCAGGGCAGCCUGACACAGCUGUUUGGGGGGCCAGCCUCUUCCUCCUCCUCUUCCUCUUCCUCCUCUGCUGCUGACAAACCCUUGGCACUGAGUGGUUGGGCCAGUGGCUGCCCUUCAGGAACGCUGUCGGACUCUGGCCGAAAUUCUUUAUCUAGCUUGCCCACCUACAGCACCGGGGGUGCCGAGCCAACCACCAACUCCCCAGGUGGGCAUCUGCCCUCCCACGGCCCUGGCCGAGGGGCACUGCCUGGUCCAGCCCGAGGGGUCCCUACUGGACCCUCCCAUUCAGACAGUGGCCGGUCCUCCUCCAGCAAAAGCACGGGUUCCUUGGGGGGUCGCGUAGCUGGGGGGCUCUUGGGCAGUGGCGCCCGGGCCUCCCCUGGCAGCAGUUCUGGUGGAGACCGCUCUCCACCCCCUCCGCCACCUCCACCCCCUUCGGAUGAGGCCUUGCUACACUGUGUCCUGGAAGGGAAGCUCCGAGACCGCGAGGCAGAGCUGCAGCAGCUGCGGGACAGUAUGGAUGAGAGUGAGGCCACCGUGUGUCAGGCAUUCGGGGCACGGCAGCGGCGCUGGCCACGCGAGCGGGAGGACUGUGCAGCCCAGGCGCAGCAGGCCACACAGCGAGUCCAGCGGGCCCAACAGCUGCUGCAGCUGCAGGUGUUCCAGCUGCAGCAAGAGAAGCGCCAGUUACAGGAUGACUUUGCCCAGCUGCUGCAGGAGCGGGAGCAGCUGGAGCGCCGCUGCGCCACCUUUGAACGGGAACAGCGGGAACUGGGGCCGCGGCUGGAGGAGACCAAAUGGGAGGUAUGUCAGAAAUCAGGUGAGAUCUCCCUGCUGAAGCAGCAACUGAAGGAAUCUCAGGCAGAGCUGGUCCAGAAGGGCAGUGAGCUGGUGGCGCUGCGGGUGGCCCUCCGAGAGGCCCGGGCUACCUUGCGGGUCAGUGAGGGCCGUGCCAGGGGCCUGCAGGAGGCAGCCCGAGCUCGGGAGCUGGAGCUGGAGGCCUGCUCGCAGGAGCUCCAGCGGUACCGCCAGGAGGCUGAGCGGCUCCGGGAGAAGGCCGGGCAUUUGGAUGCCGAAGCAUCGGGACUCCGGGAGCCCCCUGUACCCCCUGCCACCACCGACCCGUUCCUCCUGGCAGAGAGUGACGAGGCCAAGGUGCAGCGGGCAGCGGCUGGGGCCGGGGGUAGCUUGCGGGCUCAGGUGGAAAGGCUGCGCCAAGAACUGCAGCGGGAGCAGCGGCGAGGGGACGAGCAACGGGACAGCUUUGAGGGGGAGCGGCUGGCCUGGCAGGCAGAGAAGGAACAGGUGAUCCGCUACCAGAAGCAGCUGCAGCACAACUAUAUCCAGAUGUACCGGCGUAACCGGCAGCUGGAGCAGGAACUGCAGCAACUGAGCCUGGAGCUGGAGGCCCGCGAGCUUGCGGAUUUGGGCCUGGCAGAGCCGGCCCCUUGCAUCUGUCUGGAGGAGAUUACUGCCACUGAGAUCUAGGGCUCUGCAGGGGUUCUGAGCCAUAGGCCCACCUGCCCCGGGGAUCCACUGAGUGCAAGCUUCAGGUCUCAGAACCAAAGGGCCUCUGCAUUCGGAUGGCUCCGUAACUUGGAGAAGCAGAAUCAACCCUCCGUGUCCCCGUCACCCCAGGCUCCUGCCUACUCUGCCAUUUCACUCCCCUCACUGUCGCCACUGCCAGCCCACUCCAGCUGGGAAAGGAACGGGGCUUCCCUGUCUCCACAUUCUACCUGCCUGAAGCCAGAGAGAGCCAGAGGGCACCAGCUGCUCCAGAUGUGCCUGCCCUCGACACGCCCACGCGGAGGGGCAGGGCCGGGCAUGGGUUGAUCCCCACAUCCAGCUCUGUAAGCCUCUCUGGGCUGAGGGGGCCGAAGUCAGACCAAAGGAAGAAUUCAGCAAUGUCUUGUUUAUUUGUGUUUGUGACCAAGCCGUCCUCCCUAGUUCUAGGGUUACGGCCUCGUUUCCACUUGUAUAUUUUUCACACUGUAAAUUUCUUGUACAAACCGAAAGGAAAAAAAUUAAAAAAAAAAAGUUUUGUUUAAAAAAAAAAAAGUGCAAUGGAUAAA